GUGAUGGUUUGGAAGAGUAACUUUGAUAUUGUUGACUAUGGAGAAGUCAUAAAAGUGCAGAGGCCUCCGACCACACUGGCCAGCUCCAUCAGGAAUCUGCCGGAAGUGGAUUUCCCCAUCCCACCAGGCAGAAGCAGGAGUCUGCAGUCUGUGCAAAGCCAGCCCCAGGAGCCCGUCAGCAUGCCUCAGACGCUGACCAGCACGCUGGAGCACAUUGUGGGCCAGUUGGAUGUCCUUACCCAGACAGUCUCCAUCCUGGAGCAGCGGUUGACACUGACAGAAGACAAGCUGAAGCAGUGUCUGGAGAUCCAGAAGCUAAUCACGCAGAGAACGCCACCAUGAUCAGGGGAAUAAGAAUCAGGAGCUCGGUCAAUUUGGGGGUGGCAGGCCGGGGGUUUGUAUUGUGGUAUUUGGGUAAAUAAAUAAAGGGAUUCAACUCUGGGAAUCAGA